AUGUUAGAAGAAUGCAAAAACGACAGGCUAGCAUCCUCACUAGUAUUAUGCAGACUUUAUAAUAGAAAUUUUCAAGUGCUUAUGAUUAAAAGAAAAUCUUCAAUGUCUUUUUCAAGCUCAUAUGUGUUUCCUGGAGGGACUUUUGAUAAAGAAGAUGCUGAUCCAAGAUGAUCGCAAUUGAUUCAGCAGAAAUCUGAAGAAAUCCCUGAAACUUCUUAUUCGAAAAAGAUUAACCUUCAGGAUGCAAAAGUUACUGCUAUCAGAGAAACUUGGGAAGAAGUGGGAGUUUUAUUAGCUGAUAGACAAAUAAAUAAAACAAAAAAUGGAAAAGAAUUUUUAUAUCAUUACUUUAUUAUUAAAUCGUGAGUGCAUACUUUAAGAUAUUAUGCUUUGGAAAUUUUACUACCAACUUCUCGGUUAAAUAAAAUCCAUCAAUUUUAUCAUUUACUCAUCAAAAUAAAUUUACAUAUGAGAAUCUUGAAUAAACUCCAAAACACCAUAUAAUAAAUUUAAUUUUUCAUAAUAGAGCUUAUUUAUUAUUAUAUUAUAUAGAUGAAUGUUUAAGAGAAAACUCAAGACCUCAAAUAGAAAAGCUAGUAUAUAUAACAAGGUUUAUAACCCCAAUUGGAUUUCAGCCCCGAUUUGACAACAUAAUGUUUUUAGCUGUUGCUAAGAAUGAUACAGAAGUUGUUAUUGGAACUGAUGAAAGUGAUGACUAUUUGUGAGCAGAGCCACAGGAGAUUUUAGACAUGUACCAACGAAGAGAAAUUCUAAUUUGGCCUCCUCAAGCAUCUGUUUUAACGACUUUGGCGAGAUUCAAAACAUUAGACAAAGUGAUAAGCUUUCUAAAAGCUUUGAAAAAAAUCCCUCAUAUGCCAGAGAUUAUUCAAGGAGACUCUUGUGUGUUUUAUGGAGAUUAUAGAUACACGCGAACUCCUGAAAUCAUAAAGCAGAAAAAAUUAAUCCACAUGUUGGAUUUGGCUGGAAGAAAGGUGAGCAUGCAAAUUUCUCCUGAAAUCGUUGAUUUUUUAACCAAUUUGUCUCCAAAACUUUAA